UUUAGCGCCGAAAUAACCCGCCAACAUUACCCGCCCAAAACCCUCGCCCAAAACACACGCCCCAAAACCCUCUUCUUUAUAAACCCUCACAAAACAAUAGCAACCACCAACCCUCUAUUGGCAACUCCGUGCUUUCGCCCCCCAUUGAAAUCAUCGCCAACCACCUGUUUGUCGAAAUUCCCCACAGAAAAAACCCAACAAUGGUAGUUCCUUUAGGCCCUGGAAAAUUCUAUGGCAGCACCCUCCCUCGCCCCAGAAUCUACACCGAUGUAAGGCACAGCGCUGAACGAGUAGACCCGCCAGCUCCUGUUAUGGAUCCGUUUCUUUCAUGGGCUCAUGAAGCUCACUGGUCCAUGGGAGGGCUCAGUUUCAACCGCCUUCGAUAUCAGGGUCGAAUCGAAGGAAAUACUGAGAAACUACGAAAACUCCGCGAAAAAAAAAUCAAGUUAUUAGCCAAAACUAGCCCGAAGAAGAAAGAUUUGGCCCCGGAUGGGCAGAAAGAGCGCAAUAAUAAAAGGGGUGGGUCUGUCUCGCCUCCUCCAGCUCCUCAAGUGACAAAGAAGAGGAGGUUCUUGCAGUUGAUUGACGAGGAGGAGAGUGAAGAAGAGGAGGAUCAAGAAUUUGAGGAAACUGUGAAGAUUAAAAGGGGUCUAGCAAGGAAGUUAGUGGGUGAUUUUGAAAGGGUAGCUAAGGAUAAUCACAAUGUGAAGGUUGCUGAUUUGGCAAAGACGGUCACUGAGGAGGUUAGCAGAGAGGAAAAGAAAUCAAGGGGUGGAAAGAAAGGUAAGAAAAGUGGUGGAGAGAGUGGAUCCGAGGCUGUUAUUGGCGGAAUUAGGAGUUCACCAAGAUUGGCUAAGCAAAGAUAUGUGAAAGAGGCUUAAUUUAUCAGAUCGUGAGCUCUGUUAAAUGUAAUGAAAUAGUAGGCAAAUAGUCUUAGUUAAGGUUUUUUUCUUCUGUUUUUAUUGUUGUUUUUUUAAGUCUUAACUUAUUUGAUAUGAGAUUGAAAUGAAAUUAGUGUUGAUAAGAAUACAAAGGUUUCAAUUUCAUUGAAUAUAUCUUUAUCAAGAAUUUCUGACUGAA